AUGCCUUCGCGUACCGACUCGCCACUUCAAAUUGCCAUCAUCGGCGCCGGCCUCGGCGGACUUGGUGCUGCUGUCGCCCUGCGUCGCCAAGGGCACGCCGUGACUGUCUAUGAGAGAUAUGAUUUUGCCGGAGAGGUUGGCGCAUCUUUGAGUGCCGCCUCGAAUGGAUCGCGCUUUUUGGAAGAGUGGGGUGUCGAUGUGAAAGCGGCCAAACCAGUUAUUCUAAAGCAAUUGAUCAUGCACAAUUGGUCUGAUGGUGAAGUGCAAAGCACAUAUCCCCUGGGCGAUUACAAGUCCAAAUUUGGCACGGACUAUAAUAAUUUUCACCGAAUUGAUAUUCACAAAGAGCUCAUUAAAUCUGCGUUUGAAGAACCAGGCGAGGGCCCUGCAUGUGUCCUAAAGGUUAACCACAAGGCGGUUGAGGUCAGCGCCGAAGAUGGAAAGAUCAAGUUUGAGAAUGGAGUCGAAACAACUGCCGACAUUAUCGUGGCCGCCGACGGAAUUAGGUCGGCGACAAGAGAGCUCAUUGGAAUUACUCCCGAAUUCGAAAUGUCGACCUCUUGCUGCUAUAGAUGCAUUAUCGGUGCCGAUAAGCUUCGGUCUCUCGCCAUUGAAUACUGGGGUGGUUAUGGAAUCAACAAGAUCGUCAUGUCACCUUGCAGUAAUGGCGAGGUUGUGAGCUGUUACUGCUUCUAUCCAGCGUCAUUUAAUAACCUCCGCGAAGACGGCUGGGAUAUCGGUGCAACACCAGAGCAGCUAGUCGAGACAUUCCCUGAUCUGGACCCUAGAAUGCAAAAGUUGAUGCUCAAUGCUGAAGAUAUCAAGAUGUGGCGCUUGUAUAGACACCAGCCAUAUCCGUUCUGGGCCAAGGGCAAGGUCUGCCUUCUUGGAGACGCUGCACACCCCAUGAUGCCCGACCAGUCUCAAGGUUCUUGCAUGGCGUUUGAGGAUGCUGGUGCUUUGGGCAUUGUCUUCAACAAGAACUUUCGCGAGACCUACAGUACGACUGAGGGCUUGGCUCUUUAUGAGAAGCUACGCAAGCCACGCGCUACCCGGGUACAGGAAGCGAGUUUCCGGGCUCGUGAAGAUUUGAGCGAACGUAUUGGCUGGAGUUCUUCGUCAGACCGUCCAGGAAAAUUGACGAUCGAGGAGGUCUGCGGAUAUAACAUGCGAGACCAUUUGGCUGACCUAGUUUCAGAGCUGAAGAAGGCUGAUCUGUAG